CCUUAAACACAUCACAAGGGAAAUUUGAUUUCUCUGCAUUUCAGAACUAGCCUUGUUCUCUCAACUCUGUUAGAUUAAAACUGGAUAUCAAGAGAUAAAAAGGCAAUGUAAUCUUUUAAUGUGCCUUUGGUCUUAUUCUAUGUAGAGAGCGCACUUCAAGGUCUCUUUCCAUUGUUACAUUGGAAGGCAUUUUAAAAUGCAGAGGCCUACUGAAUUUGCUCAUGUGCUUUUCUACUUCGGUGCAGUAAACUGAUCUAUCGUUGUAGUUACGCAACAUCGCCAUCUGGUGGAACCUUGAAGUACUUCCCUUAUAAUGCCAAACCAUAUCACCCUAGCAUUUAACGCUGCAGACUGCCAUCCUUACAUCUGCAGUAUAGUCUUGACAGUCCAGUAUGUUUACAUCACACACACAUACUGUGUAGCCAACUCGUAACUCUUCAUAUACAAAACUGACAUUGUUACCAUCUUAAGGUCUCUUAUAAUGCUCAGGCCCCGCAAUAAAAGACGCGAAAUCGAUCUAUUAAUGGCAUGAAAUGAUGGCGGUUGUAGAGGUCAGAGCUGCCAGCGCAAUAAUGAGAUUCUUUUUAUAUCUCUGUGAGUGCACAUCAAAAUGUAAUAGUUUUUUUUUUUUUUUCUAAAAAAACAAACAGCACUGUAGUAUAUUUUCAAUACAUGUAAAACAUGUUCAUAUGUAAGAGAUUGUAUAGGCAACUCCUUACUAUCUUUACACAAACAUGGGGUGAAGAUGAGGAUAGAGGGAGCCCAGCUGGACAGGAGAUGAGUUUAUAGUGAGGAAUGCUUAGAUCUUACUGCACGAUGCUGCAUUAACCAAUGUGCAGGACCAUGUCAACCCCUAACCUAAUAAUAUUUACAAGCAAUCCUCUGGUUCUGUAUCAAACGCUGGUACAAACGUACUGCUGGGAACAUUUUCAAAACACACACUGAGAACGCGUGACCAUGGUAUACCAAAAGCUCUAUGGAUUGGAGACAACUCUGUUUAAGAAAACGGGACGCAUGUUGAUAAAGGGAAUAUAAUACGCCCCCUAGCAGAUCAGUUUUGAUAAAAGAACUUUGAAAUGGCAAGAAUUUGUAACCCUUUCAGGUAUGGCGACCCUUUAUGGGAGACGGAUAAAAAAUGCGAUUUUUCCCAUAUAAGCAAAGGGGGAGAAAAAAAGUUAAAUAUAUUGCUGGGGUUACUGAUGCAAUUUGUGGGACUACCGAAGUGUAGGAGGCGUGAUUCUGACUAUUCCACCAUAAACUAUUCUUCAGACUUUGAACACUUGCGCAAAAGGUUGGUUAACGCUAGACGAUCCCUAAAAUACUUGAACAGAAGACCCUCCGGCUUGCUUAUCAACAAGUGCACAUCGCCAAAGAAUCAUACACUGGCUGAAAGAGUCCAAGUGGGCUGGACUGUUGGCUGGGGGAACUUGCAGUGGGUACAGCGCAGGAUUUCACGGAGUGAAGAUUUUAAUUAGGCUGGGUAGACAAGCUGGCAUCUGUUAAUAUGUACAAUAUCACUGCUUGGAGCAAAAUCUCUCGCUUUUGUUACAUUUUUCAUUAGUAUAAAUCCAGUGUCAUGUCAAGUGUUUUGUAUCGGGUUCUCCUUGCAGGCCUGUUACUUGUUUUUCAAAAUGCGAAUGUAUGUGGACGAUUUCCUGGUGUUGUUUUUCCUUAUACCGUAUAUGUGUUACUGCAAUAUAUCAUGCAGGUUAGACUACACAUAAAAAAAAAAAAAAAAAAAGCUACAGGCAGGAACACAGCACCUUAUUCUUCAGAACUGAUCCGUGUUUAUUUUAUGGAGGGGGGGUUAUGACCCAGGCCUGAUUUUUGAGAUGGAAAAAGUUGAUAUGGUUUCUUAAGUAAUUUAUAAUGUCCUCCAGCAUCCCACUGAAAAAUGCUUGCUUAACCACAUUAUAUAUGUAAUUAUAAGAUAUGUAUGCAUUCUGCUCUGCAUUUUCCCCCUUUAGCUGUUUUAUUUAAUUACGAGUGUGUUUAUAAAUUAAUAUUACAGCUCCCUUUGGUGCAAUACCAAGCAUUGAUUUCAGCUCCACGUUAUGAUAUGGGUUUAUUCAGCCAGAUUUAAUAACUCACAAGACUAUAUGUCAGAAGCUUAUUCAUGUUAUUUCUUUUUAUCUUUGCAUUUAGUUUUAUUUUACUACGUGUUAUUUCCUAGUUGUGAAAAACGUAGUUGUGGAAUACGUAGGGCUCUAGUUACUUACCAUUUCUCAGAACCACUCCCUGGUUUAUUGUAUAAGACUACGCAGUUUAUACAGCUGACAGUAAAACACCCAGUUUGAACUACACUUUACUACUUAAGAUACUUGGAGCCUCCUGUCAAUAUCCUUGGACUUCUUGAAUGAAAGCUCUCUGUCUCUCCGUCUCUCUCUCCUGUCAGGUGCUGUUCUGGGAACGCAGGGUGAGAUGGAGAAUGUGAAGAGCUGGGAGGGUUCUAGGUGCUCCUUGAGCCAGGUAAAGGGGGUGCCGCUGCUGGAGCCCACCGUACAAAACUGGGCAUUAGUGGAAAACUUCAGAGCACGGCCAGAUGACCUGCUGAUAGCCACAUACCCCAAAGCAGUGUGCUGUGGCUACUGGUACGACCACGUGAAGGGUUACUGGAGGGAGAAAGAGAUGAAGAGGAUUCUCUACCUGCUGUACGAGGACAUGAAGAAGGUAGGAAGGGAGAGAGGGAGACUGUUUUUUGUGUCUGCCCAGUUCUUAAGGACUCUGCAUUAUACUUCCAAGGUUACCUUGUAGAACUGCCUUUGCAUUACACAUUGUUGGGAAUAGUCUAGUGUGUUCUCAUAUAGAAAAGAUGAAGUCCUUUAAAUUCACUUGGUACUAUGCUGACCUGUGCUGUAAUAAUUAGACAUGACUACAUUUCGGUAACAAAUAUGCUGUCAACCACCUCUCUGGAAUUACUGUUAAUGUUUCAUAUUUUCAAUUUUGCCUCCAAAUUAAAAGUCACUUGUUAUCUGGAUUUAAACCAACUUAUUAUGAUGUUGUCUUUGUUGAAACAAUAAAACUUUUUGGAACGUAACUCUAUGGAUCAUACUUGCAAUACAUAAUUCCAGUUUUUAAUUCCAGUGUUUCAUAUUCAUGAAAUGCUGUUGUUUUUUAUA